AAGCAAGAAAACCCGACUUCGGCAGCUGGUUUUUUUUUGCACUCUUAGAAUUAUAACUGGAAGUUCGCCACAACCACGGAGCCAGUGACACUGGGGCAGUGGGGCAAUGUGAAACAAGGUUAUCGCCGGGCUCGCAUCAAUAUUACAGAUAUAUAGAACGCUCCUGCGAAGCUCGUAAUUAACUAACUCGCUCUGCUCAGAUAUGGACGUCGUUGCUUGUGCUUCUCGCAGCCAGGUCAAAGUGUGUGGGUCGUAGUUUGUGCCGAAAGGUGGAUAACUAGACGAAGCAGUGAGGAGAAACAGCAGCAACAAGCAAUGGCGGGGACGUUACUUGGAGGCUUGAACGCAGUAGCGAUCCGCAACACAAAAUAUGAGACCUGCGUAUGCACCUGCCCCUCCUCGCAAUCAGCGCGUCGGAUUAUUCAUAUUUUACCUGCGCCCCAAUGAAUUUUCAAUUUUUACUUUAUUGUUCUUACCGCUUGGCGCAGCAGCAAGUAUUUUCUGACUUUCAAAUGCUGCGUCGGACGAGCACUGCAUCAUGUGCUGCCCGCGUGCGGCGUGCCACCAUCAAGCCAGCUCGUAGCUCCCCCCAUAGAGCAAAAAGCGUAGCCUCACGCCAGAGCUAGUCGUAUUUAGUUUCCUCAUUGCUAACAUGUGCGUGAGCAAGCCGGUGAGAAAAGAUGAAAAAGAACAACCCAGACGAGCAAGCCGCUGCUCGAAUCCAUGGGGUUUGAGCGCGCACUGUUGUGAUGAAUAAAAAAAAGUGGUCCUACUUUGUCAGAAGCAUAGCGAAAGAAAAGAAUGGCACUAUGCGCGCUGCUUAGCGAAAGAAAGGAGCACUUCCAUGCACACUCUGGCAAAGUAAGAGGGUUUGCCCCUUAAGCAUUGGCAUUGCCCUCUUAAGCAUUGCGGAAGAAGCAAACCGCGAGGAGAGGCGCAAAAGCAACUCAAGUUGAGAUUAGGUUUUCACUCUGCGCGCACAAAUAACAGCCACCCCGUUUCUGGGGUACCCGGGAGCCGCCUUCCUCGCUGGGUAUAAGCGAGUUCGCCCUUGGGGUUCCCGUCUAGGCGGACUGAAAAAAUUCACUCUGCUGUUAAAAAUGAUUUUGCUUAUGCUUGUAAUCAGCAAAAUUGCAAAUAAAAUGGAAAUGCUCGUGAGGUCGCGUCGUCUCUUCAGCGUCCUCGCGAAGUCGCCGAUUUUAGAAACGAGGCCAAACAAAGAUGGGUAGGCUGUGUGUAGAGGCCAACCGCCAUACCGUGGACGCACUCCCCUUCACGAGAGGGAUUGCAGUCUUGGGCGCAGGCGAGCCCACAGGUCGUGGAAAUUUGCCAGAAAGUGCAACUCCCCCUACUAAAUUCUAGAAGCGCGACUGCUUCUGGCGAAUUGUUCAAAUUUGUUCGAAUCCCAAAAUAAAAGAACGACCAAAAUAGGCCACAUAUUGGGGCGAAAUAAAUCAGAAUCACAGUGGCAGAAGGCAGCUCGCAACUAAACCCACUCAUCAUGAGGGGAUUUGCCCUGCUCCGUGUUUUCGUUGCGGCUCUCUGGUGCAUUCGUUUUCCUGCGCCAAGGCUUCCUGCAGUCGCGUCGCUUGAACUGCCUGCAGCAGAGAUGAUCUGCGCUGAUGUCACUAUGUGCGGAUGUGUGACCAAGAUCAAAAAGAAAAAUCCGAUGGGAUUGAUCCAAAUAAAGCGCCCGAUGUGCUGACUUUGAAGGGGAGGGGCGGGAAUUCGGCACUUGCAUAUACGCAACGAUGUUGCGCGUCUACGCGACGACAUCGACGAGGAAGUGGGCGAAAUGCGGGAUCGCAUGGAAGACGUGGAAAGGGUGCAAGGCGAGACGACCACGGAGCUGGUGGAACUCCGUGCGGAGGUGGCAUCUCUACGUGAAAAAAAACAAUUAUGCAAAUGCAACACUCAAACUCAAAAGCAACACGAGUUGAUACUCAAUCCUCUAUAUAGAAAAAUCGAAAAGCCGCUGCGUUCGACAAGCAAACGACACGUAGAAACAGAUAAUCGAGAUGAUGAAGAGCAUGGCUGGUGUCGGCAAGCGGUUCGUAGUAUGAUACUACAGCGACGCCGGGCCUGGACCUGGACGAUGAAAAAAUAAAGAAUAUCACCCAUGGAGGUCGAAGUCAAAAAAAAAAAAUAUUCAUACCGACGUUUCUUUGUAGUUUUAAUAUCAGAUGUGACAAUACAAUCUUCAGUGUCUGAUUAUGGCGAUCACGACUUUGUUGAGAACUAAAGAGAAAGCGAUCGGCGGGGGCGACAGACGUUGCUUGAACGUCGAACCCUCUAUGUAUAGUACCUUUGUUUUGUAUAAAAUCAAAAAAGCUCAAGCUUCGUCCUGUCAGGCUGUGACGGCGUCAUGAUAUCUAGUCGAACGCAGCAAGAGCAACAAUUGACGGCGCAUAAUUCACGUGACUAAAUUUACACAACAGAAGAUCCAGAUGAGCAUAAGCCCCCACGUUCAUACUUUUUUCACCUCGAAUAAGAACGCAGCACGAAGUAUCGCAAGAAAGAAGUGUUACAGUUACACAGAGGACAUUGCUUUUCAGGCUAACAAGCAGGACAAACAAGCUCUGUCAUGCCCAUGCCGGAUAUGCAUUAUUUUCUAGCAGCCUUCUUCGUACGUGAUUCUGAUUCCCGUAGGAUUUCUGCGUUGCAAGGUUUCUCUCUCAUGCAGACAAAUUUGUGGCGCUGAAUUGGCUGUAAAUGUGUAACUGUAAACACUUUGUUUUUUCGUAGGAUACCGAUACGCAAGCGUCAGCAAGAAUAGUGUAUCCGUACAGCUAGUACAGUGUCAGUGUUGUCGUGUGUUUUUGGGUGCAUAUGUUCUCCAAGACGCCGUCAUCGUGGCACUAGAGGGGCGCCUAUCGGCGCUGGAAAACAGGCAAGAACGCCACGAGGGGCGUUUUGAUGACCUCCGUGCUGACCACGGGCAAGAGCUCCGCUUACUGCGAAGAGACUUCAACGUGUUGAAAUCCAGAGUUCAGACUCUCUCCGCACUCCGACACGUAUUCUUGUCUUAUGUUUUUGCUUCACACGGAUUUUUUCUGAUUCUCUAAUAUCUCACCGCUCGUUCCAUGAUCUUGGAACGUACUAUGUCCAGCAAAGAUGUAGCACCUUUGACGCACGGUCACAGCCAUGGGCUCCUUCUCUCAUGAAAAAUACCACUUCCGGAAACGCCCAGCGUUGUAUUAUGUUGUUGCUCGUCUUCCUCUUGCAUCAUCGAGGUCGAGGAGCGUUUGCCUUAUCGUUACUUAGCGACCGCGUGCGUGUGCAAAUGAUGAAAAUGCGCAGUCGUGUAUAAGAUUCAUAGCAUUGACGAAACGUUCGUGGGGUGAGUUGUUGAUGCGACGAACUAAGUACUUUUAAUCAAUGAUACAACAACUUCACAGCAACGUGAUAUGGCAGAAAAACGGUUAAAUCUUGGUGGUACCACAGAGGCGUGGAGAGCGACAUUCGGCGACCGUGCCAGGUCAUACAUGGAGGAGCAAUUUUCCAUGGCUUUCACGAAGAACAAAAUUUCAACUGAACUCGAGAACGUACUUCAAUUUUUUGCUUCAUUAUGUGCUCAUUGAUCAAGUGCAAUCAGAUAGCGACAGCGCACCGCAGGAACACUGAUAAUUUUUAAUUACAGUAUAGACCCCGCAGCUGGGUACAUCAUCAUCAUCAUGUUUAUGAUUUGAUUUUCGCGAUUUCAAGUCGAAAGUUUGGAGUAGGAGAAGCAGACUCGGUUGAGAUUCAGUUCUACCAACUACAGACGAAGAAGAAGAUAAUAUAGUGGUUCCCCAAAAGGAGCUGGAGCGAAUACCAAGAACAGUGGCAAACAACAUUCGUACGAUUGUAUUACAGAUCAAGGACAAACCCCGGUUGUGGCGAAUCGCGAAAGAAGUCACCCCAGGCAGGAACAUCGCCGCGGAGUACGAAAAAACUAAUUGUAAGAUGAUACGAGACCACAUCCGCAAGCAGAUUGGCUUCAGGGGGAUGGAUCACGUGAACCAAGCCCCGUAGAAGUUUCAAUUUUUUUCUACGCUUUAUUUGCCUAUCACUUCACUAGAGGUGGCAGAAAAAGUAGCUGCGGACCCACCUGCUUGUCAUUUUCUCUGUGGAUGUGCUGGUUUCAAAUGUACAUAUCUUGUUUCUCGCCGACUGAUAAUAUAUUUUUUUAUCAUUAAUAUCUCUAAAAUUGUCAAUGAAUGUACACGACGUUUGCGGCACGGAUUUUCAUCUUCGCAGCCUGUCACAAUUUCAGCUGCGUCCUGUUGCUACUGGAGUGCUGUCAACCGGCUCACCGACAUCACAUGAACGAAUGUUGGAAGCGAAAUUCUACCCCAGGAGCGGAGAUGAAUAUGCUCCAAGAAACGACAGCUUUUGUAAUCGAACAAGUGGACCUUGCCUACUUACUGUCGCUACAGCAUCAAUUUUGA